AUGGCACUGAACUUCGGCUGCAGCUUCACCGCGCUCUGCUGUUUAGCUCUCUGGGGCUUCACCAGGACUUCAGAUGCUACAUAUGUACCACCACCUCAUUCGACCGUGAAACCUGGAUUCCCUGUUCCGAUGAACACCAACAAUCCCGGUGUUCGCAAGGCAGCCCGCUCUGGCGUUUACAGAUACAACAACAGCUCCAAUGACCUCUUCCUGUUUAAGGAAUCACAAAUAAACAAAGCCAUGGUACAGGUCGUCAGAGGGCUGAAAUACAUGCUUCACGUGGAAAUUGGACGCACUGUGUGUGAGAAGAGGGAGCACUCCCACCUGGACAGCUGUCGCUUCCAGAGGAAAAAAAACUUGCAACAGAUGCUGAGAUGCUAUUUUGAGGUCUGGACAACGCCUUGGUUACAUAAAUCGGAUGUCCUCAUUGCUCUCUGUCACUGA